AUGAUCUCAUUGACAUUUGCGGAGGGGUUUCUCUGCUCAACUUCGACAUAUUCUAGUCGCCAACAGUGCUUGGAUCCUGUGUUUCAAACGGCAGCAUUGCAACUCCGCCACCAGCCACUAGAGGCUAGAUCACAGAUUACAGUUGUGACCUUGCCUCCUCUACACAUCACCAUCUCCAGCGGGACUCGAAUCAUCAACGUGCAUGCCACGCGACCCACAAAGUGGAGUCAAAUUAGCAUUCAUGUGCCCAGGCUCGUCUGCUCACACUCGGGCAGACGAACUCGCAUGGGGGGAUGCAAACACAGAUAUCUCGGACGAACGGCGUCGAGCCGUCAGGUGUGGAGAGGCAGUCUGCUGCGAGGCUCCGAAACCGACGAUUUAGCCCAUGCCGCUGAGGAAAUUGAGCAGGACAUUUUGUUACAUACAUUUUUCCAUAAUGUACCCCAUUCUCGGAAAGGGGUGGAGAAAGGGUACAGCAGCCUGGAGCUCUGGUUCGACCAUCUGGCCCUCAAGGCAGGGGUAAAAUCCCGUUGCACGUCCAGCAUACAGAGGCAAUGA